AUGGACCACCCGCAAAUGUCAGUGGCAGUGAGUGGCAACCGCCCUCAGGAGCUGUCCGUGCUCGUUGUGGCGCUGGUCGUGGGCGCCUCGGUCUUGCUGCUCGUCUUCAAGGCGGCGAGGACGCGGGCCCCCAUUGCGCUGAGGGAUCCCAACGCCAAGUAUCCUCUGGCCCUGGUGGAGAAAGAGGAGAUCAGCCAUGAUACCAGGCGUUUCCGGUUUCGACUUCCAUCGCCAUAUCACGUAUUGGGGUUACCUAUAGGCCAACAUGUUUAUCUUUCUGCCAAAAUCAAUGGUAGUUUGGUGAUCCGGGCCUAUACACCAGUUUCCAGUGAUGAAAUAAAAGGUUAUGUUGAUUUAAUUAUAAAGGUAAAUUUUAUCUACUACAAGAAUGUGAAUCCCAAGUUCCCUGAAGGUGGAAAGAUGUCCCAAUACUUAAACAGCAUGAACAUUGGAGAUACUAUUGACUUCAGAAGGCCAAAUGGAUUUCUUGUGUAUAAGGGGCCAGGUAAAUUUGCUAUCAAGCCUGACAAGAAGUCUGAAGCACAGAUAAAGUUUGCAAAGCAUCUUGGGAUGAUAGCUGGGGGAACAGGAAUUACACCGAUGUUGCAGCUAAUUCGUCACAUCACAAAGGACCCCAAGGAUGACACAAAAUGUUACCUACUUUUUGCUAAUUAGACAGAAAAAGACAUACUAUUAAGAACAGAGCUAGAGGAGGUUGCUAAGAAGCACCCCACUCAAUUUAAACUGUGGUACACACUGGACAGGCCUCCUCAAGAUUGGAAAUACAGCUCUGGUUUCAUCACUGCGGACAUGAUUAAAGCACAUCUUCCUCCACCUGGCAAUGAUUCCAUCAUUCUGAUGUGUGGGCCACCUCCUAUGAUUCAGUUUGCUUGUCAGCCCAGUCUGGACAAACUGGGUUAUUCCAAAAAUAACAUGUUUGCUUAUUAACAUGAAAAGGCAUUGAACAACAUCAGUAAGCAUAC